AUGCACUCACCUCCUAGAGACCCGGCUGCCAUCAUGCUCUGGAAGCUCGUGGAGAAUGUCAAGUACGAAGAUAUCUAUGAGGACCGGCACGAUGGCGUCCCGAGUCACAGCUCACGGCUCUCCCAGCUGGGCUCGGUGUCCCAAGGACCUUACUCCAGCGCCCCACCGCUGUCCCACACGCCGUCGUCAGAUUUCCAGCCACCCUACUUCCCGCCCCCCUACCAGCCGCUCCCCUACCACCAGAGCCAGGACCCCUACUCCCACGUCAACGACCCCUACUCCCUGAACCCCCUGCACCAGCCCCAGCAGCACCCCUGGGGACAGCGACAGCGGCAAGAAGUGGGUUCAGAAGCCAGCUCUCUCCUGCCCCAGCCUCGGGCCGCCCUGCCCCAGCUAUCGGGCCUCGACCCCCGGAGGGACUACCACUCGGUCCGCCGGCCGGACGUGCUCCUGCACUCAGCACACCACGGCCUGGACGCGGGCAUGGGUGACAGCCUCUCGCUGCACGGUCUCGGCCACCCCGGGAUGGAAGACGUCCAGUCAGUUGAAGAUGCCAAUAACAGCGGCAUGAAUCUAUUGGACCAGUCUGUCAUAAAAAAAGUUCCGGUUCCUCCCAAAUCUGUGACUUCGCUGAUGAUGAAUAAGGAUGGCUUCCUGGGAGGCAUGUCUGUCAACACCGGUGAGGUGUUUUGCUCGGUCCCCGGCCGUUUGUCUCUGCUCAGUUCAACUUCAAAAUACAAAGUAACUGUGGGGGAAGUUCAGAGACGGCUGUCGCCCCCCGAAUGCCUCAAUGCGUCUCUCCUCGGCGGCGUCCUCAGAAGAGCCAAAUCGAAAAAUGGGGGGAGAUCUUUGCGAGAAAGGCUAGAAAAAAUCGGUUUGAAUUUACCCGCGGGCAGGCGCAAGGCAGCAAAUGUCACGUUACUCACCUCCCUGGUGGAAGGAGAGGCUGUUCACUUAGCUCGGGAUUUUGGGUACAUUUGCGAAACGGAGUUUCCCGCCAAAGCUGUUUCUGAGUAUUUGAACCGGCAGCACACGGACCCCAGUGACCUGCACUCCCGGAAGAAUAUGCUGCUGGCCACCAAGCAACUUUGUAAAGAAUUUACGGAUCUGCUCGCUCAGGACCGGACGCCGAUCGGAAACAGCCGGCCCAGCCCCAUCCUGGAGCCGGGGAUCCAGAGCUGCCUCACGCACUUCAGCCUCAUCACGCACGGCUUCGGCGCUCCGGCCAUUUGCGCCGCGCUCACGGCCCUGCAGAACUAUCUCACCGAGGCGCUCAAAGGCAUGGACAAGAUGUUCUUGAACAACACCACCACUAACAGGCACACGUCUGGGGAAGGCCCAGGUAGUAAAACUGGCGACAAGGAGGAGAAACACAGGAAAUGA